UCAGUGUCUGGAUCUGUAUUGUAGAUAGAUGGGCUAGAUGCCACACGCCAUUAGCCUACAGGCUGCACAGGUUGAAAGUUUGAUAUCGCUUUUUUGUCUUCUUUUUGGGGCUUGUUUCUCCUUUGCUUGGAUACUACGGACUUAGGCAUUGGAUAUGUGCACACAGGAUGAUGACAACCCCUUUCCUCCCCGUAGAAGUAAAAUAAAAUAGGCUUUCGCGCGCACUGGAUUUACUCCUGUCGUUCCAUAUGAAGAAGUCAAAAAUUUGGAUAUGGGUCUGUGUCCAUUUACUGCUGUUCACACUUGGGGUACAUUCAAGUAAAUUUGACGUCAACCCAGUGACAGAUGACAUCUUAAGACUCUCUAUUUUGAAACAAAAUAUUCCUAAAGAUUACAAAAUUCCUCUACAAUACAUUCCAAAAGAAGAGGGAGGGAUGUGUUGGGUAAAAUUAAAUGUCUACUACUUGGAGACAAGUUUAGAACGUUUAGCUGAGAAGUUUGGAAACAUUUCAUCCAACAAUAAAGAUAUUAGCAUAUUCAUCCAAAUGAUCCAAGAGCUGCGGAUCAACAUGAAGUCUCUGGACCUGGUCAUGUUAGAAUUUGAUUGCCACUACAGGGAAGAAAGGUGGCAGACAGAGCGAUACUUUGACUUCAUCAAAGACUUCCUUAUAGCAGCACAGAAUAAGGAAGAUUCAGAUGACUGUGAUCCUCCUCCUUGUGCAACCACACCAUACCCAGUAACAACAGAAGAAAAUAUAAAUGAAUCAACAACGUCCACCACUGCAGACUGUGCAACAGGCUGCAAACCAAAUUCUGAACUGAGGUUGACUGAGGUGGUGGAGCGAAGCCUUCUCUCUUUACUGUUCAUACCCCUCCUAGCCCUCGUAUUCCUGCUUGUGUGGAAGGUUCGAUCACGGAGGAACGAGGAGGAUCUUCAACAGAAUCCUGGAGAAGAUGGACUCUUCACAGGAACAGAAGGGAAUGCACCUCCACUAGAUGCUGAAAUAUCAGAAAAAAACAAGUUGAACGUCAUUGAAACAGUGUAAUGCUUCUACCCUUCAAUGUUCUUCAACGUAAUUGGGCUCUACUCUUUUCUCUUGUUGGUGUCCAAACGUGAUGAAAAACAAACAUGAAGCGGAAUAGUGAGAUUUCAGAGGUAAAAGGCCUGUUUUUGACUGCUCUCCAGAUCCACGAUGGCAGGUUCACAAUUGCCAUGAUCAAGAUUCUUCUGGUUAAACUACCAUAUGGAUACUCUUGCCUUUCUUGUAAGACUGCGUUAACCCCAUGCUUUUGGAAAAGACUGUGAGAUUUUAGCAGAAAGCAAACCCCAUACCACACCCUCACUGGAUUCUCUGGCUCCUGCAAAUCGUGAUUCUGAACCUGCUGCAUCAUGAACUCUUUGGAGAAAACUUUGCUUCCCCCUCAGCAUGUUCCUACAGUCUGACUGUGUUUUGGGGCCACAAGUUCAUCUUCAAAAAGCAAAGCAGAGAGUGACUGACACUGGUAAUCUGUUGUGUGAACUGAGGCAUGAAUUACUACCUCUGGUGACACUCAUGUUAACCACAUCCUCAACUGCUCAACAGUUUCCUCCUUCCUCCUUAGUCUGGGGUUUCCCAAAGAAUAUAAUGUUAAACAAGGUUUAGUUCCAAGGUGUAGUCAUAUUGUCUGGUUUAGGCAUGUACCCAUGGGGGUGUAUGAUGUAUUUAUUUAUUGGUGGCGGCACUGAGCUGCUUCUGUUGAUACAACUGAAAUGUUUCAAGUGAUCAUUUAAGAGCACCUCUAUUAAUGGGUCACAUUUAAAGAACAAUCUGUAUAGUAACACAUUGUAAACCCAAAAAACACAUUCCCGAACAAGUUACAUUUCCUCGUAUGAUGUUAUUGUUACUGUUGGUAUAUGACGCGGGUGAUUUAGGUUUGUGUGAAUGGAUUACAUAGAGGAAAAACAUACAGUAUACAAAUAUGCUGCUUUGACUAACUUACAUUUAGACCAUUGAAAUCUGCAAUAACUUUCAGCUAACAAGUAUCAGGGAUGACUUCUGUGGAUCCAGGAUUUUUUUUUUAAUAAGUGAAUUCAGAACAUAGGUGUCAGACACAUGUAAGAGAACAAUGGGCCUCCCAUAGUAAAUGUUAGCUCAACAAUGCCUUUAUUAUUUUUUUUACUUAUCUCACCUUUAUGCUUGCAAGGCAAAAACGGUUACAGAAGAGAUUUAUGAUGGCCAUUCCUCUUUGAAAGUAAAAGAAACCCCCACAAUUUGUAAAAGAAGAAACACAGUUUGUAAAGACAAAAAAUGAUUUUAUGAAAUACACAAAUGAUAUAUAAUAUAAAAUAAUGUAAAAAAUUUUAUUCAAGCUAUCAAUUCUUGACUGUUUACUCAACUACCAAUAUACUAGCAAAGUAAACCCAUUAGCUUAGACUGUUCACUCACAUGGUUCUGUUCUGUUCUUACUGACUUUGCCUUUGUCCAGUAUAAGGCAUGUGCUUGCAUAAUAAAACUCGUUACAGACAAUCUGACAAAGCUAGUUAGCAUUUAUCAAGAUUGACAUUCUUAUGAAAUGCUGAAGGAUGAUACCACUGUUUAUGAAAUUUACAGAUAUGCACGUUAGUUAUUUUCACAAUCCACAAAGCUGGUCACAUGGGAAUACCAUGCAGACCUAAAUAUCAAUUUUGCCUUAAUGUUGCGCCAUAAUACACUGUCAAAGAAAGUGUACUGUCAUCUUCUUCACAUACUGAACUGUCGCACAAUGGUAUAACUUUCAAAAAGCAUUUUUAAAGAAGCAUGGUGAGUUUUAGAGUUGUUUUUCUCCGGUAGAUAGAGAUGUGAAGGGCAGGAAAUCAUUUACUGCAAGUCAAAUCCACAUAGUACCCUGCCUCCUUUCCUAUUGAUCUGAUAAGUUAGGAGCUGGAGGGGCUCCCUGUCUCAGUCAUAACAGAUAUUAUCAGCUCUAAGGAGUAAAGCAACAUGUUUAAAAACAUAACAGGGCUUGACUCCCACAAGGCCUUGCCCAAACGCAAAGUAAAGUGAAUCAAUAAUGGAUUUUAGGUAUUAAGAUAAUUAUUAAGAUUAUUAAUGACAAUCAGUAAAGAGGUAGGAGUGUGAACGGGGCACGCUGGCUGUGACCUUUCCCAUCAGGCCGCCCUACUGCAAAUAGCUGACAAUGAUAAAGUGGCAGGACACUAACAUCCGUUUCUGUAUCUAGUUUGAGUAUUUUUAUCAUGUUUGUGGUCUUACAUUGUACCAUGUCCAUUCUUGGUGUUGUGCCUUGUUUGAUUAGUGUGAUUGACUCUGUGUGUAAAUGUCAAAAGCCUGUCUAUAUUUCUGUGUGGUAGCAGAAAGUGUAGAGAUCAUGACAGAGGAGAUUAGUUUAAUUUGACCACAAUAAGCCAGCAGAUAUGAACGCUAAUUUCUCUCUCUUUUUAUCUGAACUCAAAAUCAUGAUAGCAGUAGUAGAUAGUAGAGGUAGUUGGCUUGACCUGUGCCCAGUUAUGAUUCGGACGGUUUUCUGUAAAAGGAGUGCUUCAGUAUGUGAAAACUUGGCAGAAUAAACUGCAGUGGUUGUGACAUUUCUGUCCAUGCAUUACAUUUUAGCCUUUGUAACCUUUAGCAAACAGUUCAUCUGGUAACUGCUUGUUUCUUGUGUAUACGGGACUAUAUGUUGGGAAUUUUUCUUCUAGGAGACGAGAUUAUAUUGUGCAAAACUGAAUCUGUGUUUGAAAAAAAGUAUACCACAUUGGUGUUCAUAUAGUUCAGAGCAACAGUACCUUUCAGCAUCAAUAGCUGGAAUUCUUUGGUGUGGUAAAGUAUUGUUUGUUGUGUUGAACUGCAAGAUAAUUUUAUUCACUCAAAAAUGCAUUUUUGAAGAGUACUACCUGUGCCGCAUUCUCUACGUCAGUUUAACUGAUUCUGUGUUAGAGAAAGCAUACCACAUUGGUGUUCAUAUAGUCCACAGCAACAGUAUUUUUAGCAGGAAUAUCUGAAAUUACUGGUGGUGUAGAGUACUAUUAUUUGGAAGCUUUUAGACAGUUAUUUCUACUUAAAAAUGCAUUUUUGAAUGAUAUUGGAGCAUACUAUCUAUGGCAGUUUGGACCUGAGACUUUCUCUUCGAUCAUCUUUAGGUUUCGCUUCUCUACAUGAUGACUAUUACGUGCAGUGCCCAGUAUUCUGACAGAGACACAGGCUAGUCUAGCCACAAAAAACAAACAAGGUAUAUUAUGUCAAAAGUUGCUUUUUAUACAUAGUCUAUGAAUAUCAUGAGCUGCAACAGGUCUAAGCUGUGAACAAAAACAAAACACGGUCUCCCAUUUUCCUGUCUUUGCGAGAGCCUCAAACAGUCAGUAUGUCUGAUGCAUGGAAGCCAGAAACCGAGCAAUUUCAUGCAUUAGUCUAGAGAAUGACUGCCCUUAAAUGCUGUUCCUAUGUGGGUUGUUGUGUGGUCUGAGAGUGAGCAGAGCUGCAUCCUGAACAGUGCUUUUGGGCUCAAGUUAUCCAAUCCAUCCCACUUCAGUGGGUGAAUCAAAUGGCUCUAGGCAGGAAAAAAGUCUGGGUGCCAAAAAGCAAAUGUAAUUAUUGCCUGGUUGGUAUUCUGGGUGAAAACUCUACUGUAUUCUGUAUUUUUGUAUUUAAAGAAACAUAUAUGAGAUAUGAAUAAAGUACACGUAUCCAAAUGUUA